UAUUACAGUCAGAUAAUACAUCGAUAAGGCCAACAUCCGAGAAAUAUGAAGUAAACACGAGGUGAAGGUUAUCGCCAAUUCGAGUCACUGGUGCUGGAAUCCGUUGCAGUAUCCUCAUACCAAGUUUGAACUCAGUUAUACACCACAGACAAAAUGAAGGCUGUGAUUGCUUUAGCUAUACUGGCCUGUGCCUUAGCUCUCGUCUCUGGAGACCUGGUGUGUGGUCGCAGCUACUGUAAAGACCACCCCUGCACAGCUCCCAUUUCGAAGCAGAGCUGCAAAUCUGGAUCGACCUAUCGGGAGAACCACGCUGGCAAAUGUGCAUGCUGUCCUGCCUGUGUUACUCUAUUACCUGAAAACUCUGCUUGCAAAACCUAUAGUAAAGAGCUCGGGGAAACGCCCUCCGCCGUGUGUAAGGAGGGACUCAAGUGCGUUGGAGGAACCUGCAUCAAAGCCGCCCGCGGCUAGAACUUUAAACAAUUUAGCCUAACAUUUUGUCAACAUAACUUAAUAAGUUACGCCCGUUUCAGUUUUCCUAAUAAACUUAUCUGCUAUGUA